CUGUGAGACACGAAUUCUCUUAUAAGCUUUUGCACACAACCAUCGCAAGGCGCACUGCUGCUAGAAUACUUUUACAAGAUCUCUGCAAGUAUUUUAAUGGAUACAAACCAUCUGUGAAUGAACAAAUAAAAUUUCGAUUGUGCAACCACGCAACUCGUUUGCAAGGUGGAAUGGAAAUAAUACUUCAUGCUGCGAUAUUGUCUAAUCGAUACAAUGAAGAAAAUUCGGAAGUUAUGACCAAAGUGAAUCGUAUAUUGAUGGAUUGGAUUACUUCACUUGUUAGUGAAGAUGCGAUAAAUGCAAUCCAGGAGCCGAUUUCCUCCAACAGUUUGAAAUCAAAAGUUUGGACGUUGCAUCCCUGGUUGCUAGCUCGACUUUCACUAAUACAUCAACCUUUCUUUGAGAUAUAUUCAAAAGUAUUGAUACGUUGCACUAGGCAAGAACAGCAAUAUAUGAUGGGAAAUCUUUCAAUAGAAUCGAUUCAUCCAAGGUUGUUCUACCAAUUGCCCAGCGAGAUGUUACUUUAUUCUCAAGUCAAUCAAAGAUGGGAAGGCUUACUCAUUCACUGGGAGUUGUUACGGUAUCAAUUUGGUAAUUAUAAAGAAGUUAUCAACCAUUUGCUACAGCAAGAAUGGAUAACAUUCAAAAGCAAAUAUAUUCAAUGCUGGGAACAAAAGACAAUGUUUGGACAAAUAUGGAAUGAAUUUUUUCUGAGAUUGGGUAUGAAUUAUAAUGAGGAGUAG